GGCAUACACCAUUACUGGGUGUAGUCGUACGGGGACGGUCCUUCCAAGCUCUGCAAGAAGACUAUUCGACCUCUGUCGAAUAGCAACGUGGGCACCAGCAGUGGAGGUAUCGAGAGACGAGUAUUGUCAUGGUCAGUGUUCCGCUGUCUACGACCAUCUCCGCCUCAAACCAGAGGGACGGACUAGCACGAGUUGUCAGUGUGAGAAUGCUGUGGAAUGCGUGGAUGGUUCGCUAUUGCCCAAGAUAUCCGAGUUACCAGGUGAAACCUCAGAGGCGAUGUGGAAACGAGCGAUAGCGUCAUCUAAUUGGCGAUUUAGGACUGCGAUAUGCGGUAACUGCGGCUGCUCCUGCUGGUUGGGUUGCACCCCGGACAAGUUGGCGUGUAGCAAAGAGGGUUCUCUGAUCUCUACCGCAAACCUCAGCUAUCAAGAUGUGAACAAGUACAUGUAUUUGGAUUCACUUGAUUCUGAUUCAAUGGCUGCCAAUACACGGUCUUGGAUAUACAACCUGAGAGCUGAGAGACAGGCUCGAGACUUCGUCGCAGCCGCGGAAAUCGUCACUAGGAUCACUGAGUGGGCCGCGAGGAACAUCUCGGAGAAAAUAGGAACGGCUGCAACUCGUGUCAGUGCAGUUGCUUUGCUCGAUGGUGGCCAGGCGAGCCUACGGAGCUUGAUCGUACGGGACGAAAACCUCAUCCCGGGGGAGCCCCUCAGGAUCGUUGCGAGCGUUGGUUACAUCGGUUCUUUACCGCCUAACUUUGAAAAUUGCAGUCUAGGGUUGAUAUCCACUCUGGUGCCCAACAGCGACGACAUCUCGGUGUUGAUGGAUAGCAGUAUGAAGCUGAGAAUCGGCAUCACGAACAAGAUUGAGAACUCUGUAUACACUCUCAUAGAGGCGACCACGAACGGUGAGAUGGGAAACAUAUUCGCACAGUGCUGCAACAUGGAGGCAUCAUGGGAUUUGGGUGUGCCCAGUGCUACAGUGCGGGCCAGGGGUGAGCGCAACGAUGAAACACCGACCCAGGGGCCAGGGUGGUGGGUCUGGAUGCUCAUUGCGCUAUGUAUAGCCCUUUUCCUCGGUCUUAUUGCAUCUCUAUUUCUGGGAAGAUGUAAUCGAUGGAAGAGGAAACCGGCGCCGCCGUUCGCCAACUUUGAAGACUCUGGUGCUUACGUUGGUCCCAAGGUUGGUUACAAUGCCUCACGGGAAACUCCCACAGCAGUUGUGGACCCCGAAUCUGGGACCCCGAUUCUGCCCCUCAUAAAGAAGAACUCCAUCACGCCUCACCAGAGGAGGGCAUCAAUCAGUCAGCUAUCGAGCAGCGCCAACUCGGUUGUGAACCCGUCAAUCCGAGUCGUACAAGAGUCGCCUUUUUGACUUGCAUUAUGUAAAUUUGUCCCGCACCACUUAGUCGAUACACGUCAAAGUAUAUGCAUGUUCCUAUAACGGGGCGCUUCCAUUUUAGACAAACUCGAACCUGCUUUAUAGUGGGCUUACGCCUGAAUAUAUUUGUAUCCAAUC